AAAAAUUUGACUUUUCAAAUGUUCUCCCUCUAGAAAUAGGAAAAGGAAAACGAAAAGAGGUUCGUUCGAGUCUCGAAGUCGCAACAGAGAACUCGACUUUUUCGGCGUCUUUGAUCGAUUCCUUGAAGAAGGCUUUCACCUUUAAUAGUUUUUGUUGUAUUCGUUUCGGCUAUUCAUCAUUGGGUCAAUGUCUUCUGCCACCUCACCUCAGUGGCGUGAGAAGGCUAAUGACUUUUUUUCUUCCUCAGGGGUGAAGCUUAAAGAAGCUGGGCAAACAGCUGGUACACUUGUUGGUGAAGUCACAAAGGAUGCCAAAGGUAAUGCUGCUGAAGUAGCAGAACGAGUAGGGUCAAUCGUAAAAAGUAAAUGGGAACUUUUUCGGCAGCCGUCUACCAGGCAUGCCAUGCAGGACCGUGUCGUAUCUGCAGCUGCUAUAACUGGCAUAUUUUUUAGGAAGGGGAUCUCUGAGACCAAGGAUAAAGUUGCUAUUGGGAAGAUAAAAGUUGAAGAGGUGGCCAAAAAGACUGCACAAAGAAGUAAGACUAUCUUGACUGAUAUCGAAAGAUGGCAGAAGGGUGUUGCAAGCACUGAUGUAUUUGGAGUUCCGAUUGAGGUUACCGUACAACGACAGCACUCUAGCAUGCCUGUUCCCCUUAUUUUGGUCAAAUGUGCAGAUUAUCUCAUAUUAUCAGGGCUCAAGUCGCAUGACUUGUUUAAAGCUGAAGGAGAUAAAAAGGUCAUCCAGCAAUUGGUUUCUAUAUACAACCAAGAUUUCAAUGCAUCACUGCCGGAGGGUCUAAGUCCAGUUGAUGUGGCGGCCCUUGCUAAAUGUUACAUUGCCAGCCUUCCUGAGCCACUGACCACUUUUGACCUUUAUAAUGAGAUAAAAGGUGCCCGUUCUAGCAUACAUGCGAUGAGAAAUAUCCUGAAGAGGCUUCCUAGUGUAAACUACAUGACUCUGGAGUUUGUUACAGCCUUAUUGCUCCGUGUCUGCCAGAAAUCAGUUCUUAACAAGAUGGAUGCUCGAAGCCUUGCAAUGGAAAUGGCCCCUCUUAUUAUGUGGCAAAAGGAGCGGAAACCAGAAUUUUAUAGGCAAUAUUGGAAUCACUCAUCCAAAGAUUCUUCCAAGAAGAACAUGGAUCCUGUGUCGAAUUAUAGUGACUGGGACAUGCUUGCAGAGGAGAGUGAGAAUAUAGAUGCUUCCUCCCCAAUUCCGUUGGAUGAUGGCAUGCCGAUUGACUUUGGUGCUAUCGAGGUUGUUCAGUGCCUUAUAGAACAUCACAACGCCAUUUUCACGGAUGCUAAUGAGACAGUUUGGAGAUGACUUGGAUCGGACCGAUUCUCCAGAUGCCAAAUGGAAUUGACGGAUCAAGUUGGAAAGUGUACGUAUUAGAUUCCAAGAUUAAAGGUAUAAAUUUAGCGGAAAUCAUUGAUGCAUAGUUGCAGAUGGUGCACUUUCGGCCUAGCCGCAUUUCUGCAAUAGUGUGUAAAUUGCAUUUACUAGGAAAUCUGGUUAGCAGUUUGUUUUGAAAGAAAUUCGAUUUGCCCUUCCCCUUCCCCUUCCCCUUACCUUUUGUAAUCUUCAGACAGUGAAAUAGCUGUAUUCAUCCGUGAGCUAUGUGAUCAUAAUCCCUUCA